CGAUGGCGUCUGCUGAUCUGAGACAGGCACUGAAUUGUUCCAUCUGCCGGAGGAUUUAUACAGAUCCUGUAAUCCUGGGAUGUGGCCACAACUUCUGCCGGGUCUGUAUUGAGCGUGUGCUGGAUACACAGGAGGGGUCUGGAGUUUAUACCUGUCCUGACUGCAGAGCAGAGUGUCAGGAGCGUCCUGCACUGAUACGGAACAUAACACUGUGUAAGAUAGUGGGGAGUUUCCUGUCUACUCAGCCAGAUCAGGAGAAGACUGGGAUCUUCUGCACUUACUGUGUGGACUCUCCUGUACCUGCUGCUAAAUCCUGUCUGCAUUGUGAGGCUUCUCUGUGUGAUAAUCACCUGAGGGAACACAGCAAGUCAGCAGAACACGUCUUAUGUGAUCCCACCACUGCCCUGGGGAACAGGAAAUGCUCCGUCCAUAAGAAGAUCCUGGAGUAUUACUGCACUGAGGAUGCGGCCUGUAUCUGUGAGUCCUGCAGGCUGGAUAGAGAACAUCACGGACACCAGGUGGAGAUGCUGGAUGAGGCUUCUGAGAAGAAGAAGGAGAAGCUGAGGAAUGUUCUGCAGAAACUGACCACAAUGAGAGAGGAUAAUGAGAAGAGAGUCCAGAGUCUGCAGGUGCGCAGGAGAGAAGGUCAGGGAAAAGCAGCAGGUGUAACUGAGAGAGUCACUGCCCUGUUUAGAGACAUCAGGAGACAGCUGGAGGACCUGGAGAAGAGAGUCCUGAGUGAGAUCUCCAGGCGGGAACAGCGCGUUUCACUCCCGGUCUCUGAUCUGAUCCAGCAGCUGGAAAUAAAGAAGGAUGAGCUGUCCGGGAAGAUGCGUCACAUUGAGGAGCUGUGUAACAUGUCUGAUCCAGUGACUGUCUUACAGGAACCAGACACAGGGGACUUGUGUUAUACUAAGGACAGAAAGAGACAGUAUUCACAGGUCUAUGAUGCAGGAGAUCUGGAUGUGGGUCUCAUCUCAGAGACAUUACACACAGGAAUGUCUGAUAUAAUAAGAGGUAUAAAUGUAUAUUUCUUUAUGCAGGGACCUACAGACAUAGUGCUGGAUGUAACCACAGCUGGUGAUUAUAUACAGAUAUCAGGUGACAGGAAAACUGCAUCCAGGUCACAUAAAACCAUGAAUCGCCCAGAAACACCAGAGAGAUUUCAGAAUGAUCAGGUAAUAAGCACCAGGAGAUUCUCCUCAGGGCGACAUUACUGGGAGGUGGAUGUCAGAAAGUCAGGGAACUGGAGGGUGGGGAUGUGUUACCCCAGUAUAGACAGGGGAGGAGAUCAGUCACUCAUUGGGAAUAAUAACAAGUCCUGGUGUCUGUGUAAGAAGUGGCAUAAUCAUUACUCAGUGAUACAUGACAAUACAGAGAUCCGGGUAGCUGACGAUAUCCCCUGUGACAGAGUGAGGGUAUAUCUGGAUUAUGAGGCAGGACAGCUGUCCUUUCAUGUUAUGUGUGACACCAUCAGACACUUACACACCUACACUGCCACCCUCACUGAGCCCCUCCAUGCUGCAUUAUAUGUAUGGUGCAUAAAUGAUUGUAUAACUGUAUCUGGGUGAGUCAGGAGCUGGGAGAAAUUCCCAUAAGAAAUCUGCCCAGGGACUGGUGACAUCACAGGGAGGGGAAUAUAAUUAGUAGAACAGUUAGACAAUAGAAUUAAGUAGUGGGUAGUGGGGGCCCACUCCACACACCCUGGACCCAUUUUUACAAUACUCACCUCUCUGGAUUCCCCCAUCGACAUUAGCUCCUCUCCACAAGUCUCUGGUAUAAUGGCACGGCUACCAUUUUCCUUGAGUUUUGUACGUGCGCUGUAACAAAGUCUCUGUGAAAAUGGUCACUGCGCCAUUUCCCACGGAUGUGCACAUGUGCAAUAGAGCCUGUGCCCCCUCGUGCUCAGACUCCUUUGCGCUGCGGCGCUGCUGGGGCCCGGAAGGAGGAGUCUGCACGCAGGCCUCCUCCUCUAUUAAUAUGCCCCUGGGUAGAGCUACAGUACAGCUGAGCCCCUCCCCCUGUGUAACCAGGUGACCAGUAUGCCUGUACUUGCUCCCAUGUUGGUGUGUUAUGGCCCCCGUACAUCACAUAGAUAUGGUCCCCACAGUAGUAUAUAUCAGGAAUAUUAAACAUGCUUAAAAACCCCAAUUCCCCGAUCCCAUCUGACAAUGGGGCAUUUUUAACGUUUCAUUUCUCAGAUUCCCUGAUGAAUCACCAAUCAUUGCUGCCGUGCAUCCAGAAGGUGAAUCGGGGAAAUGGGCCGCCUGAUGUGUGGGGGCCUUUAGAAACUGUCAUUAUAAAUAUAUAAUUAUACAUUUCUGUGAGAUUUCUCCGCCUCUGACCCACUGACAGCUGUGAUUGGCUGCAAUAUCUGCCUAUCAGCCGGUGUGUACCCUAUUACUCCAGUAAUAUGCUCCUAUUGGCUGUGAUAUAUAUUGCGAUGUGUAAGAGUAAUAUUGAUUAAAAUGCUUUUGCUGUAUUAAUGUUUCAAUAUAUUCUAAAUACUGUAUAUAUGACCCUUUACAUAUAUUAUAAGGUCAUCGUUGCUUGUGUGUUAGAAGACAACAGGUGUUUUCCUUAAAUACUUUACAAGAAAGAAUGCGAAACCAGAAGACAGAGAAAGACAGAAAUAGUAUAUGCUCAGCAAUCGCCUAAUGCGUUGACAAGACAGACUCCCGGAAUAGUUUGGAAAUGUGUCUUUUUGUAUACUCCCUUAUAUGUCACUGAAACUUGUACUUUGUAUCAUUACCUAAUUUUAUACUUCACUGUGAUUGGAGGGCAUGUGAUAAGCCCACUUCUCUUUUGGUGUAAUUAGACGAUCUCUCAGUCACAGGAAGGACAGAGCAGUGUUAUACUGACAACUGUGUAGUGUGAUUUCUUGCUCUCCAGCCGGCUGUGUCCAGCACUUUGAAUCUCCAAGACAGAAUGGCUACUAAGAUGUUGGUAAUAGGUGUGAGCCUUAUUACCCCAACAGAUGUUUCUGUAUAUCUCCUCCUAUUGGCUGUGAUAUUGGGAUAAUGGGCCUAAUUCAGUAAGUAUAGCAAAUUCUGCUAAUUAGGAGGACUUUCUAUCCUUUUGAUCGCAUGCCGGGAGCCCCCCCCCCCCCCCCCCCGUUGAACAAGCAGAAGUUGCAAACGCAUUGCAAUUUCUGCUUGUUAGCAGAACCUAAGGAAGCCUCCUACCGGCCCAGCUUAGCUGCACCCGCAGGGGAACCGCCGCCAUCUUACUGAUCACGACGGCUGCGUGUGACAUCACACAGCUUCCGCGAUCAUGCCACCGCAAUGCCCCGGUUCGCGACGCACCACCCACCAUUCGUCCUGCUCCGCCCCUGCAAUGCUCCGUCUCCUCCCUGGAAACAGAGCGUUGUCCGCCCUUCCCACCCCGUGACUGCCGCUGCCUGAUUGACAGGCAGAGGCGAUCACGUUUUCUGCAGCCCCCCCGCAGAAAAUGCGGGCACAUGCGCAGGACGGGCGUUGUGCAUGCGCCCGCAUCUUUUUCUAAACCUGAAUUAGGCCCUAUAUCUCAGUAUAGCUUCUCAUACUGGGAAUUGUAGUUUCUGAAAUAAUAAAAGAUGGGUUGAACUACAACUCCAAGCAUGCCUUUUUGCUUUACUGUAUUAAUAUGUCAUUUGC